UCAUAAAAUCUCAGCUUUAGAGUGGAUCAGUUGGCAGAAAUGACAUUUAAUGAUAAUAAUCAAUAAAACAUACGGUCUUUCCGGUUGGAUAUUACAGUAAGAUGGCACAUGUAUGUCAGCUGUUUAAUACGUGAGCGUGUCAUCGCAGCGGUAACGAUAGCUAUUAAUGAAAAGAAGAAGUACGAAAAGUCCUAAGUGCAGACGGUGGAUUUCAUACUUUCAUUAACCCGGAAAUUUUGCGUAGGAGUGAAACAUGCCACCCAAAAAAGUUCCAGCCCCGAACAAAAAAACGGAGAUGAAAAAGAAGGAGAAAGUGAUAGAGGACAAAACUUUUGGUAUAAAAAAUAAAAAAGGAGCCAAACAGCAAAAGUUUAUUCAGCAAGUAGAGAAGCAGGUUAAAACUGGAGGUCUCAACCCGAGAAAGAUCGAAGAUCCGGCUGCCAAGAAACUCGAGAAAGAAAAGAAGCUCAAAGAACAGAAGGAACUUGCCCUGAUAUUCAAACCUGUUCAAGUACAGAAGGUAGACAAAGGAACCGAUCCCAAGUCUGUGAUCUGCGCAUUCUUUAAGCAAGGUCAGUGCACCAAAGGGGAUAAAUGCAAGUUUUCCCAUGACUUGACAAUCGAAAGGAAGGCAGAAAAACGAUCUCUUUACUGUGAUAUGCGUGACGAUGGCGACGAUAAGGAAGGUGAUACCAUGGACAACUGGGAUGAAGAUAAGCUCAAAGAAGUUGUAGAAAAAAAGCAUGCAGCUGGAGCUAACAAGCCUACAACUGACAUUAUUUGCAAACAUUUCUUGGAAGCUGUGGAGAAGUCCAAGUAUGGUUGGUUCUGGGAAUGUCCUUCUGGCCUAAAAUGCAUAUAUAGGCAUGCUCUGCCCCCAGGAUUUGUACUGAAAAAAGACAAAAAGAAGGAAGAAAAAAAAGACGAAAUCUCCCUUGAAGAUCUUAUCGAAAGAGAAAGGGCUAACUUGGGUCCAAAUCAGACGAAAAUUACUCUAAACAGUUUCUUGGCCUGGAAAAAGAGGAAGUUGAAGCAAAAGGCAGAUCAGGCUGUCAAAGACGAGGAAAAACGUCGCAAUGACUACAAAGCUGGUCAUCAAGUAGGCAUUUCUGGUAGAGAAAUGUUCAGCUUCGAUCCUACGUUGGCAGCUGGUGACGGUAUUGAAGAUGGAGACGAAGCAUUUGCUUCAUAUGAUUUGAGCGAUGAUGAAGAUAGUAAAGGAAUAGAAUACAGAGAAUUGAAUAUGGAUGAACUAGUUUACGAUGCUAUAGAAGCCGAUACAGAAGGUAUCACAGUUGCUACUGACGAUCGACUCAAAAGUAAUGUGGCUGCGGAAACGAAUGGAGAAACGACAGAAGUAACGAUCCUUGGUGAAGGCGCAACGGCCCUGGCAAUCAAUGAAAAUCUAUUUACUGACGAAGAUCUGGAAGGACUUGAAGAAGAAUUAGGAGACCUGGAUUUCGAGGAGUAAUCCAGUUGUCUCAAUUAUAUUCUCCUCACACAAAAUUUUUUCUUCAACGGAUUGGAUGAUUCAUAUCUUUUCUUGGUCUUUGAAAACUGCUUACGAUGUUAACAGUCUGUAAAGAUAUUUUUUCGAGAAAUAUUUAUUGAAACAAUUUCCUGUAUUUAAUCAGCAUAGACUCUCAUGUGUUAUUAACCGUCAAAAUAAUCAGAUAUUAAACAACAAUUUAAGAAAGUCUACAAUUACAGACGAAUAUAUAGUUCUAUGGGUAACAGUAACUCGCAAAAUCGUUGAUAUGCUCAAAUCAAUUUUCGAAUAAACAAAUUAUACCGAUUAAAAUAACCUGUGAUACUAUAGUCAUGUAUAAGUUUAUUAUGUUCAUGGUGAGCUUUUUCCAGGCCUGAAUGCAAGAGGGGCUCAUCACCACGAAUGACUCGCUCCCUUGCUGUAUCAUACUUUUUUCAAGUCCUACCACCAGGCUUAGUAUCAACAUUUUGAUAAAAUUUUCAUUGAGAGAAGGGCGGGGUAUCGAUGAUGAUGAAGAUAAGUCCCUCCCUCGUUCGGAUCUGCCCAAACUCACCCUGUACGGACCAGAUAGUUACAGCACGGUGAGACAAAUAUAUGUGUACAGAACUGA